GAAAUCUGGAGGGCUUUUUUCGAAAGAUUGAAGAAAACCCAUUUGUUUAAGUUUAGAUUCUUGGUCUGAAAGUGACCCCCAUGUGGGCCAUUAUGGAUAAAGAUUGCUUGGUUCCUCCACUUCACUAUUUAUAACUCCAUUUCCACUUCCAAUCAGUUUCCUCCUAAUUUAUACGGUUGCUUUUUCUUUUCUCUUUUCUAUAGAAAUAAUUUCACAAGCAGAUCGUGGUUAGUAUUAUUUUAUAUUUUUGGUAAAUUUAUGCUUUAUUGGGAAUUGGGAUCGAUGUAGAUUUUGGCUAUAUUUAUGGGGUUGUCAUGCUGUUGGGUUUCUCUUUGAAUGUGGCGCUUUGAUUCUCACAUCUCACUCAUUUGCUUUUAUUGCGCUAGGACGAUCUAUCUCGUAGCUGUGUUUCUCGGACUCUGCAAAAAUGUUGCCGCACGCGUCUCGGAUUCUCCAAAAAUACACUAAUUUUGAGAAUCCGACAGGCACCCAUCAUAACUUUGGAGAGUCCAAGCAACAUAGUCUGCUUCCUCCUGUACUUGAUCAUGAUAUUAUAUAAACGGGAUCUUGAUACAUUUCACUUCUGAUGCAACAUGGAGGACCCCUUCUUACAUCUUGCAAGCUUGGGCUCUUAUAUAGCCCAGCAAUUUGUUCAAUUUAUUGAGGAUCUCAUCUGCAUAGAUAUCUUUGGGUGGUCAGAAUAUUUAGUUGGCUGUGGUUGUCAGCUUUUAAGCUUUACCAAUGACGGGGGUUGUAGAACUGUUCCUGAGGCUUGCUCAUUUCCUUCAAGAGUAUCCGACACAGGAACGAGCUAUAGAGUUCAUGCAAGAAGAUCCUCCGACCUCAAUGAUAACUUGGCUGUAAAUUCAAUAUUAGAAAUUGUAAGAAGUAAUCAAAGUUUUGGAGGUUUCAGCCUCAUUUUUGAAGGGUUGAUGCUUCCAGUAUACGGUCUGAGAUUUACUUGGAAACUUACAUUGGCCUCUUGGAGGUGUUUCAUAUCUCAUAUCAGAUGUGCUCUACUUCGAGUUCAGAGUGUUAUAUACCGUGUACGUAAAACCUUGCGUGGGUCUUCUGAUGACAUCGGGUGGUUGCAACAAGCUCCUGAAAUGGCUCCUGUUGUUGAUGGUUCAGCUAGAUUUAGAGAACUACUACAAGAUAUUAGGAAUGGACAGCACACACUGCCCGAUUCUUUUGUUUAUCUACUAAUUCCAGGGUUUUUCAGCAAUCACGGUCCCUUAUAUUUUGUGAGCACUAAGAAGUUCUUUUCAAAGAUGGGGUUAACUUGCCAUAUUGCUAAGAUUCAUAGUGAGGCAUCUGUAGAAAAAAAUGCGUGGGAACUGAAGCAAUACAUCGAGGAGUUACACUGGGGGUCGGGAAAACAUGUCAUGCUGCUUGGUCACAGUAAGGGUGGGGUUGAUGCUGCCGCUGCUUUGUCAAAAUAUUGGCAUGAAUUAAAGGAUAAAGUUGCAGGACUGGCAUUUGUGCAGAGCCCUUAUGGUGGAACACCUGUUGCAUCAGAUAUUCUUCGUGACGGACAGAUUGCUGAUAAGGAAACACGAAGGAUCAUGGAGUUUUUAAUAUGCAAGUUAAUUAAGGGUGAUAUAAGGGCACUAGAGGAUCUCACAUAUGAGAAGCGGAAGGAGUUCAUAAAAAAGCACAAGCUUCCUGAUGAUAUUCCUCUCAUCUCCUUCCAUUCUGAAGCCAGUAUAGCACUGAAUGUAAUAGCAACAAUGUCCCAUAUAGCACAUGCAGAACUUCCCUGGCUACCUUUGCCUGGAUUUGGUGACGAAGACUCGGAAAAUGUCAUCCAAGCAGGCUGCAAGGUGCCAGUCAUAGCUCCUGUUUCUGCUGCACUGGCUCUUUGUGCACUUCACCUGCAACUAAGGUACGGAGAGAAGAGUGAUGGUCUAGUGACCUGUCGUGAUGCUGAAGUUCCCGGUUCAAUGGUGGUAAAGCCAGACAUGAAGCUUGAUCAUGCUUGGAUGGUAUAUUCCUCAUGGAGGAAGGAUCCAUAUGAACCAGACGCUAGUGAAAUGUGUGAAGCUCUGUUAACUUUGCUUGUGGAACUCGGUAAGAAAAGAAAGAAGCUUCGUUAGCUAUGCAUGUAAUGUUAGAUCAAAUCCUUUGAACAAUCAAGUUCCAAUAACUAGCUGGAACUGAAAUAUCAGAUAUUUUUCCAACA